AUGUCAACCUACACAACCGACCAUGCCCAGGCAGUCCUCCAAACCCACGGGUGGCGCACCAUCUCCAAUUCGGUCCCCUACGUGCUCCCCUACCUCAAACCCAACAUGACCAUCCUCGACAUCGGCUGCGGCCCCGGCAGCAUCACCGUCGACUUCGCGCGACACGUCCCGGAAGGCCACGUAACAGGGGUAGAAUACGUCUCGGACCCAUUAGACCAAGCGCGCACUCUAGCCUCAUCCCAAGGCAUCACCAACAUCACCUUCCAAGUAGCCGACAUCCACUCCCUCCCCUUCCCCGACAACACCUUUGACCUAGUCCACGUGCACCAAGUCCUCCAACACAUCGCGGAUCCCGUCCUCGCCCUGCGCGAAAUGCGCCGCGUCGCUAAACCUGACGGCGGGAUCGUUGCCGCCCGCGAAUCCAGCGCCAUGACAUGGUAUCCCGAGAACAAGGGGAUCGAGCUCUGGCUGGACAUUGCUACUAAAAUGGCUCGGGAGAAGGGUGGGAACCCACACCCGGGGUCGAGGAUCCAUGUGUGGGCGGAAGAGGCGGGGUUUCCGCAGGAAAGGAUCAAGAAGACGGCGGGGUCGUGGUGCUUUAGUAGUCCUGAGGAACGGAGGUAUUGGGGUGGGUCGAUGGCAGGAAGGGCGGCCAAUUCGGGGUUUGCGGCGCAGGCGGUUGAGGGUGGGUUUGCGAGUAGGGAGCAGUUGGAUGGAAUUGUUAAGGGGUGGGAGGAGUUUAUGGAGUGUGAACAGGGGUGGUUUGGCUUGUUGCAUGGGGAGAUUGUUUGUUGGAAGUAG